GAACGCCAUCUACCGAUACAACGAUAAUGUUAUUGUUGCAUUUGUUUUGUUUCUCAUUUUUCAUUUCUCGAUUUUUGUUACCCAUUACGUUUUCUGUAUGUGGGUGUCUGUAUAUAUUCGUGCAUAAUUCAGCAAUUGUUUACUUGAAGAAUAAAAUAAUACAUCGCCCAAUCUCAACAGAAUACAUUAGUAAACUUGGAUUUUCGAAUUUAAUCAGCUCAUUGGUGUGAUUGCUUUCACCACAUAAAUGGACGAAGAAAUUGAACAACGUCUUCGUGGCCUUGAUGAAACAGUAAAUGAACUGGCUCGAAAAAAUAAAUCCAAAGAAUUGCAAAAAGAAAUCGAAUUACGUUUGGCUAAACUUAAUGAACGUGAUCCCAAUUUCUAUUCAGCACAAGAGCCCCCUGUUAAGCUGUUGUCGAUAAAAAAACAUCGAACAGCCGUGGAAGAAGCCGAUGAUUUAUUACAACAAUUCAUGCAAGAAGUUUCGCUUGAUGAGAAGAAGAACGAAUCAUUGAUUGUUGCCGAUAAAGAAUUGGAACAACGACUGGAAAAAUUGGCCACAGAACAGGCAGAAUUAAGCAUUAACAAGAAUCGAAAGAACCCAAUGCUGAAAAAAUUCAAACAAACAGGUAAUCUUAUACAUCAACUUGUGAUGCGUCGAAGCCUUGAAAUCCGUGAGCGUAGUCUUGAUGAUGGUAAUGAUGAUGAAAUUCCCGAUGUAAUAGCCGACGAUGACGAACAACUGAAUGAAGUAAUCAACGAUGAUGUAGAUUGGUGUACCACCUGUAAUGAGGAUGGUGUCGUACGUUGUAUCGAUUGUGAUAUGGACAUUUAUUGUCUCGAUUGUUUUCGGGAACUUCAUCGUGAUCGCGAUAUGCGUGGCCAUCGAACGCAACCUUAUCAAUCAUCACAGUCUCAGCGUUGUUGAACGACAUAUUUCAUUUUCCUUUUUUGAUUGUUUUUCUAUUUUUUGGAUCGAACUAAAUCAAAUUAAUUUCGUUUACGAAUCAAAUAUUUUUUCCUAACACUUUAUAUUCACUUGUUAAGAAUUUAAUUUUUCAGUUACUGACAGACGUCUGUCCAAUUUUGAAUGCUUUAUUAUCCAGAAUCUUGUCAAUUAAUCAAUUAAUUAACUAUUCAAAAAAAAAAAUUGAUCCUUCGUGGACCAUUAUUUAGAUUUUCAAAUUUUUCAUGAUGAAAGUACGGAUCAUUGCCAUCAAGAAUAUUAUUAUUAUUAUUGAUGUAAAGAAUAAAAAUGGAUGAUGUGAA